GUAGCCUUUAGCGUUAGCAGAAUUAAUCUAUCCCAAACACGGCCAUUAUGGGUGGACACCGAUCAACUCAUGUCAAAUUUUAUAUAACCCGACCCCAGCUUUAUAUAAGCAUGGUGUCAGACAGAGCUAAAUGCGAGCCGUUAGCAAAGCAGUGGUUAUCGGAAACGGCGUCGCCGGCGCAGAGAAUCAGUGCCUCGGCUUACUUCGAGCUCUCGGCCUAUCCCGUCGCCAUACUCUCUACAGAGUCACUAGGCCUCGGGGAGGAAUUAACGAUAGGCUUCGUUGGUUGCCGGUUUCUCUCCACAAAAAGUUAGAGCAUGCCAUGAAGUGGAUUCACGGGGAUUUGCAGCCACGGGUUUGUUACAAAUGGAAUAAGGUGACCGGUUUUCCUGCUAAUCAAACAGGUAUUGCUGAAGCUGAUGCUGAGUAUAUUGCUAGAGCUGCUCAUGAAACAUUUGAGAAGGAGGGACCUAUGUUGGUGGUUGCAUCAGGACGAGAUACUAUUUCCACUGCAAGUUCCAUAAAGCGGUUAGCACCAGAAAAUGUUUUUCUUGUCCAGAUACAACACCCCAGGUCACAUCUUAGUAGGUUUGAUCUUGUCAUCACACCUCGACAUGAUUAUUAUACAUUCACACCUGAGGGGCAAAAGCAGAUUCCUUCACUUAUUCGAAGGUGGAUAACACCUUAUAACCCUCCAGAAGGGCAUGUGGUCCUCACUUUGGGAUCCCUUCAUCAGGUAGAUUUUAGCUCACUGCAAAGUGCUGCUUCUGCAUGGCAUGAUGAAAUUGGACUGCUGCCAAAACCCUUGCUUGUUGUGAACAUUGGGGGACCUAUUGCUCAUUGUAAAUACGGUGAAGACCUGGCAAAUGAGCUAAUAUCAUCACUGCAAAAUGUUCUCCCAACUUGUGGUAGUGUCAGAAUUUCUUUUUCACGCAGAACUCCCAAGAUGGUUGCAGAUCUCAUAGUAUGCAAACUAAGAAAUCAUCCUAAAGUUUACAUUUGGAGUGGGGAAGGUCCAAAUCCACAUAUGGGACAUUUAGCCUUGGCAGAUUCAUUUGUCAUCACGGCUGACUCAAUUAGCAUGUUGAGUGAGGCUUGCAGUACCGGGAAGCCAGUUUAUGUGAUUGGGGCUGAGCGAUGCACAUGGAAGUUUACAGAGUUCCACAGAUCCCUUCGCGAGCGAAACAUGGUUCGUCCAUUCACGGGAAAAGAAAAUAUAUCUACAGAGAGGUGGACAUAUUCUCCUCUGAAUGAUACCAAAGAGGCUGCUGGCGCUGUGAUAAAUGCACUUGCAGAUCGUGGAUGGAGAUUGCCAUGAAAGGUCCAUUCCUCAGAUAUAAAACUUAAGCUAUUGUUGUUGACUGAAAAAAACACCACGGUUCAUGUGACAUUGGCGCUGAAUGUCAUAGAAUAACCCGACCAGGGCUCUGUUGGAAACAUUGAUAGUUCCUACCCCUAACCCCACUCUAAACCCCCCUGCCCCCGCACCAUACGCCCUCCCUUCGCCAAUUGGCUGCAAUGACCACUGUAGCCAAUCGGCAAAGGGGGGGGGGGGGCGGGGUGCGGGGGUUAGGGGUGGGGGAAGGGGGUAGGAAUCAUCAAUUUGACCAACUGAGUCUAUAGGAGGCUCGGAUCAUCCUAUGACUUUGAGCUCAAUGUCACAUGAACCGGCCCGCUGGAAAAAUAAAAGUUUGAAAAAAUGGUAUUUGUACAUUGUGUACACCAUGUUGUACAAAUGUUUUUUUUUAAAAUAAAUACCAACUUUUUUG